AUGGACGCCGCUCGACGAACACUAGACUCCUUCAACUAUGCAGUUGGCAGUUCGACCUUCGGAAGGAUCUUCCGCCUUGAAGGCAGUGGGCAUGAUUUAGAGAUCAAGAACACAAAGUUCACCACCGAAUUGCGUGCUGGACUAACGACUUUCUUCACAAUGGCAUAUAUCAUUGCGGUCAAUGCUUCAAUUCUGUCCGACACUGGCGGCAACUGUGUUUGCAAUGAUCUCACAGGAUCGGACCCAAUAUGCAAAGUUAACGAAGAAUAUGCUACAUGUGUUCAAGAUCUGAAUCGGUCAUUGAUCACAGCUACUGCUGCCGUUGCGGGUUUUAGCUCCUUCUUAUUCGGAUUCCUUACCAACAUGCCUGUGUGCCUCGGACCAGGUAUGGGGCUCAACGCCUACUUCGCAUACCAAAUCGUUGGUUUCCAUGGAACAGGUUCAAUCUCCUACAACCUCGCUCUUACGGCUGUGUUCAUUGAGGGGUUCAUCUUCAUCUUUCUCUCAUUGAUUGGGAUGCGCCAAUGGCUUGUCAAGAUCAUUCCCGUUUCGCUCAAAGUUGCUAGUGCUUGCGGUAUUGGACUUUUUCUAGCAGAGAUUGGUCUUAGCAGUUCGGCAGGUCUAGGCGUCAUCAGCGGUUCAACAGCCACACCCCUUGAUAUUGCAGGCUGCCCAGACCAGUUCAAAGACGAGAAUGGUUUCUGUACCAGUCACAAGAUGAGCUCUCCAACUAUGUGGCUCGGAAUCUUCUGUGGAGGUAUAAUCACGGCUUACCUGAUGGCAUUCAAAGUGAAGAGUGCUAUGAUUGCCGGAAUUGCUCUUGUCUCAAUCAUCUCAUGGCCGCGCAACACCCCAGUCACUUAUUUUCCUCACAACGCUGAAGGCGACAACCGAUUCGACUUCUUCAAGAAGGUUGCAAGCUUUCACCCUAUCAACCAUACACUCAACACCCUCGACUGGAACAUAUCCGGAGACAUUCCCCGCUUUAUUCUCGCACUGUUCACUUUCCUUUAUGUCGACAUCAUUGACUGCACGGCUACACUAUAUUCCAUGGCACGAUUCUCGGGUGUUGUAGACCCAGAAACGGGAGAUUUCCCACGCUCGACAUUGGCAUACUGUACGGAUGCUUUCUGCAUAUCCAUAGGAGCUCUAUUGGGCUGUUCACCUGUGACUGCAUUCAUUGAGUCCGGAGCAGGAAUUGCCGAAGGUGGAAAGACUGGUUUGACGGCAAUGACUGCAGGUAUAUGUUUCUUCAUAUCCAUGUUCUUUGCGCCUAUUUUUGCAUCGAUUCCACCUUGGGCAACUGGCUGCACCCUUGUUCUGGUCGGAUGCAUGAUGAUGCGGCAGAUCGUCAACAUCAACUGGCAGUACAUUGGAGAUGCCAUUCCUGCUUUUGUCACGGUCAUGUUCAUUCCGUUUGGUUACAGCGCUGCGUACGGAUUGAUUGCAGGUCUCAUGACAUACACUGCACUCAAUGGCCUCAUCUGGGUCACCAAGUUAAUCAGCUGUGGUCAUAUCGUACCAGACGAUGCCGAUCAUCGCGAAUACUGGACGCCCAAACCCCACGGCAAGCUGCCCUGGUUCAUCACAGCAGGCCAGACGGUGGCAUCUCACAUUGGGCGCAGACGUGGUGAAACGUCUGGCAAUGCAUCGAUCAGGAGUGGAGACUCGCAUAAGCGGUUCCGAAGCGAUUCCAACGGCUCAGAGCAGGAGCUAGACACCGUCAUUGUGAUCCCCAGGGAUCCUCGCGAGGAGAAGGUCCUCCACAAAGUAUAA